AUGUUCAGUAAGGUUCGAAACGAUUGUAAAAGAUUGGCCAGAGCUAACCACCAAAAUUACCUUGCCGAAACUGAUGACAGUCUAAGAAGUAACCCUAAAAGGUUUUGGAGUCUCUUACGUGAAGUCAGAUCAUCAACUUCUAGUCCAAUAAGUCUUAGGUGUGAGGAUGAACAAGCUGAAGAACCUCAAGCUAUAGCGGAUCUUUUUGCGGACUUCUUUUCAUCUGCGUAUAGGAAGGAGACCGUACCAGCGCCUGUCUACACAUUUGGGGAGACCAUUCAUCUUUCCUCUAUGCACAUAUCUGCUAAUGAAGUCGAAUUAAAACUUAAAUCCUUGAAUAUCUCGAAGAGUCCCGGUCCAGAUGAAAUUCCUGCUGCUGCUCUAAAGUUUUUCAGUGAAGUACUAGCGCCUCAUCUGUUUAUCUAUUUGAACUAUCUGCUUGCCGGAGGAGUCUUUCAUUCAAAUUUGAAAGCUGGAUACCUCAUACCAAUACAUAAGUCGGACGACAAAUCAUUAGCAAAGAAUUAUAGGCCUGUUGUUUUUCAGUCUAGUUUAGCUAAGGUGUUCGAAAGCCUGGUUCUUGAUAAACUUGCCUUCAGCUUCAGGAAUGUCAUUACUCCGCAACAACAUGGUUUCCAGAAGGGCAGAUCAACAUCCACUAACUUAGUUGUCUUCAUGAAUAACAUUCUAAACGCUUUUAAAAACCGGACGCAACUGGACAUUUAG